AUGCGUCUCGGCGGGUUCUCGUUUUACGCGGAGAAAGUGUUCCCAGAGAAGAGCAAGGUGCGGUGGCGUUGUACCCGUCGUACAUGCCGCGCGUACGCUCACACGCUACACGAUAGGAUCUUCGCUCUGAGUAACGUUCACUCCCACGAGCCGCCGGUGCUGGCCCCGACACUCGCCGCCCACUAUAGGGCGUUCACACACGCGGCUAUCGCAACACAGGCGAAAGCUGUACUAGAUGAUUAG